AUGUCUUCUGCUCUCGAACAGCUCAAGGCCACCGGCACCGUUGUCGUUUGCGACUCCGGUGACUUCGCCACCAUUGGCAAGUACAAGCCCCAGGAUGCCACCACCAACCCCUCUCUCAUCCUGGCUGCCUCCAAGAAGCCCGAGUACGCCUCCCUGAUCGACAAGGCCGUCGAGCAGGGUAAGAAGGAGGGUAAGACCGUCGACGAGCAGGUCGACGCCACCCUCGACAACCUCCUCGUCGAGUUCGGCAAGGAGAUCCUUAAGAUCAUCCCCGGCAAGGUCUCCACUGAGGUCGAUGCCCGUUUCUCCUUCGACAAGCAGGCCUCCAUUGACAAGGCUCUGCACCUCAUCAAGCUCUACGAGCAGCAGGGUAUCUCCAAGGACCGUAUCCUGAUCAAGAUCGCCUCCACCUGGGAGGGUAUCAAGGCCGCUGAGGAGCUCCAGUCCAAGCACGGCAUCAACUGCAACCUUACCCUCAUGUUCUCCGAGGUUCAGGCCAUCGCCGCCGCCGAGGCCGGUGCCUACCUCAUCUCUCCCUUCGUUGGCCGUAUCCUCGACUGGUACAAGGCCGCCCACAAGCGCGACUACACCGCCCAGGAGGACCCCGGUGUCAAGUCCGUCCAGCAGAUCUUCAACUACUACAAGAAGUACGGCUACAAGACCAUCGUCAUGGGUGCCUCUUUCCGUAAUACCGGUGAGAUCACCGAGCUGGCUGGCUGCGACUACCUGACCAUCUCCCCCAACCUCCUUGAGGACCUCUACAACUCCACCGAGGCCGUCCCCAAGAAGCUCGAUGCUGCCGACGCCAGCAAGCUCGAUAUCCCCCAGCGCUCUUACAUCAAGGACGAGGCUCUCUUCCGCUUCGACUUCAACGAGGAGGCCAUGGCCGUCGAGAAGCUCCGUGAGGGUAUCUCCAAGUUCGCCGCCGACGCCGUCACCCUCAAGGACAUCCUCAAGUCCAAGAUCCAGGCAUAA